AUGAUCAAGAACCAAGUUUCCAACACAAUACCUUUGUCUCAACCAAAGGAUAAUGACAAUGUUGUUGAAGACAAGAAGAUGAUCAAGAACCAAGUUUCCAAAACAACACCUUUGUCUCAACCAAAGGAUAAUGACAAUGUUGUUGAAGACAAGAAGAUGAUCAAUAACCAAGUUUCCAAAACAACACCUUUGUCUCAACCAAAGGAUAACAUGAAGGAUUCAACAACAAGAGGUGAAGAAUGUGGGUUGAAGAAAGCGAUGGAGUGUGUUAAGAGGAGGCAAUGUUGGUUGAUAUUGAAGAGGAUGUUGGUAGAUAGAGAUGGUUGGGAUUUGAAAGAUCCUCCAAAAAUAGCAAAGUCUGAUAAGUGUAAGACAAAGGCAAUAGGUUUGAAGGAAAUAGAGAGAAAAAUGAGGUUGUAUGCAACAGAGGACGAGUUUGCUAGCGACAUGAGGCUUGUGUUCUCUAAUGCAAUGGUAACGUAUCCUCCAAGGAAUCAUAUUUACCAAAUUGCAAAAAAGUUUAGUGACACUUUUGAACACAAAUGGAAGUCAUUGAAGAAUAUGUGGGAACUUGAGGAUACAAAAAGAAGCAACACUCACAAGAGAUACUAA